GUUAUUGUAACCUGCACUACUUGCCACAUGUACAGUUUAGCUUCUUCCGUCAGCAUAGAGGGGUUUACAUGUGCUAAGUGUAUUGAAGUAGUAAGGCUGACGGAGAAGGUUGCAGAACUAGAAGCACGCAUCCGAACGCUAGUUGAGGACAGUAAGACCGCUAAUGUUAAUGUUACAAACACUGUUUCGGGUGCGCCUAGUGUUAAGCGUAAUACACAUGGCUCGGUUCCGACUUCAGAGUCAAGGCGGCUGACUAACUGGGUGACUGUCAGGCGGCCUAGUCACAUUCAGCAUCCAAAUCACAUUCCUGUUUUAAUAUCAAACAGAUUUUCUCCACUCAGCAAUACACCGGCUGAGACAUCUGUUAAAGGUGCCCUGGUUAUUGGAGAUUCUAUACUCAGGAACGUUGGCAUUGAGGCACCAGCCACCAUAGUCGAUUGUAUACCGGGAGCCAGAGCGUCUGACAUUAGAUCCAAACUUAAAGUGCUGGCUAAUGCUAACCGUAAGUUUUCUAAGAUUGUUAUUCACGCCGGCACGAAUGACACGAGACUCCGCCAGUCGGAGAUCACCAAAGAUACUAUUAAAGAGGUGUGUGAAAUUGCAAAAACAAUGUCAGACAAUGUAAUUUGCUCUGGUCCCCUCCCCGCCUACCGGGGGGAUGAAACUUACAGUAGAUUAGUGUCUCUUCAUGGCUGGAUGUCAAAGUGGUGCCCUCAGCAUAACGUAGGGUUUAUAGACAAUUGGAAGCAUUUCCGGGGAAGACCUGACCUGCUAAAGAGAGAUGGCCUCCAUCCGUCUCCGGAAGGAAGUGCUAUACUCUCUAGAAAUCUGACCAAUAGUCUUACUUUUGAUAUUGUCUGACUAUCCAGGGCCCAGGUCAGGAAACAGACAGAUCGGCUUACCCAUCAGUCUGUUAGCUGCCUUGACAUGUCAAGAUCACAUAUAUCCCAGCACAUAGAGCCUUUUUUAACAGAGUACCAACACAUCUCGACUGUGUCUGUUCCUCGAACAAAUAAAUACAGAGCACCGUUUACCUUGUCUCGUACAAAUCUUAUUAACAUAAAAUUAGAACACAAUACAUUAACAGAUGAAACUCAUAUGUUAAAAUUCGGCCUUCUUAACAUUAGAUCGCUUACCAAUAAAGAACCAAUUAUCAAUGAAAUAAUUACUGACCAAAACUUAGAUGCACUCUGUUUAACAGAAACCUGGCUUAAAGCAGACGAUUACACCAGUUUAAACGAAUCCACCCCACAAGACUAUUAUUAUAAACAUGUUCCUCGUCUAAAAGGGAGAGGGGGUGGUGUAGCUACAAUAUACAAUAAAAUAUUCAAAGUAAACCAGAAAUCCAACCUAAAAUUUAAUUCGUUUGAAAUAAUACUGUUAAAUAUGGAAAUAACUGAUCGCAACAACAAACGGCUUUCAUUCAUUUUAGCUACCAUAUAUAGGCCUCCGGGCCACCACACAGAUUUUCUUAAAGAAAUAGCAGACUUCCUAUCUGAGCUUACAGUCACUGUAGAUAAAGCUCUUAUCGUUGGUGAUUUUAAUAUCCAUGUGGAUAAUCCAAAAGAUGCAUUAGGACGUGCGUUUAUGGAUGUUCUAAAUUCUCUAGGCAUUAAACAAAACGUGUCAGGGCCCACGCAUACUCGUAAUCACACACUAGACUUAAUUCUGUCACUCGGACUCAAUAUUAAUGACAUCGAAAUAUCACCCGAGAGCGAUGCAGUUUCAGACCAUUUAUUUCUGUCAUACACAAUACUUCUAGAUAGGACCGCUCAGUCUACAACAUGCUACAGAUUAGCCAGAACAAUAAUUUCCACCACUAAAGAUAGCUUUAGUAGCACUCUUCCAGACCUGUCUCAAAUGAAACAUGUAGCAGAUAACUGUGAAGAUCUAGAUAUUAUAAUAGAAAACCUGAACAACGUCUGCUCUAGCACGUUGGAUGCCGUUGCUCCCAUUCGAAAAAAGAGAAUCAAAGAAAAACGGCCAGCUCCAUGGUAUGACCAUCAUACUUCAGCCCUUAAAAAAGUAGCUAGAAAAAUGGAAAGAAACUACCGAAGCACAAAGUUAGAGGUAUGGCGUUCAGCAUGGAAAGAGAGUGUUAAACACUACACACAGGCUAUUAAAACUGCCAGAUCUACCCAUCUCAGUACGCUUAUUAAAGAAAAUCAUAACAACCCUCGUUUCCUAUUUAGCACAGUUGCGAAACUGACUAGAAACAAAGAACAAACAAAAACCAAUAGUAAACUCCAACACAAUAGUAACGAUUUCAUUAACUUCUUUUCUAACAAAAUUAUGUUUAUUAGGGAAAAUAUAGAAACUACGCAAGCAGCCACCACUCUACCCAAUAGUACAUUUUCCACUAGAUUACCAAACGAACAUCUUGAGUCAUUUAAUCCUACUACAAUAGAAGAGCUCUCUAAACUAGUAACGUCAUCCAAAUCAUCGCCCUGUAUACUAGACCCCGUUCCCACAAAAUUACUAAAAGAGGUAUUUCAUGUAGUGUCAGACACGGUACUUAAUAUCUUUAACUCAUCUCUAGAAUUAGGAUACAUUCCAACAGCUUUCAAACUAGCAGUUAUUAGACCGCUCAUUAAAAAACCAAACCUUGACCAGGGAGAUCUUAAUAACUUUAGACCAAUCUCAAAUCUACCUUUUCUUUCUAAAAUAUUAG